AUGUCGACCGCAACCCCCGAGUCCACGGUUGGUGGAAGCAAGGAGCCUGUCUCUGAAGACAUUUACGAGCAACCACAGACACCUCCGCAGCCCAGGGCAAUGGACGACGAUCUCGAGCUGGGUUACUUUAAUGUAGCCAAUAUCGAGCGCAUCUACAGGUACAUCGCCGUCGCAAAAAUCCUUUAUUACGGUCAAUAUUCUGACUUCAAUUACAGGAAACUGGAUCGUCGCAUCAUCUCUGCAUUCUGGGUUCUAUAUUUUCUGUGUUCCGCUAUCCGCUCUAACGUCGGUCUGGCGCAGACGAUGAAUGAAGAUUCGGGCCAUGAUCUUGGAACUGUGUUGAACAUUAAUCCACACCAGAUCUCCACCGGUUUGGCACUUUUCUAUGUUGGUUAUGUGGUGUUUGAUGUGCCAUCCAACCUGAUUAUGACCCGCCUGAGUCCGCACGUCUGGAUGUGUCGCAUUGUGCUCAGUGUUGGCCUGAUCGGUACUUGUAUGACUGCUAUGAAGGCAGAGUGGAGCUUCUAUCUCUUGCGACUCCUUCUGGGUAUUGUCGAAGCCGGCCUCUGGCCAGGUAUGACCUACUAUCUUACCCUUUUCUACCCGCCUUCUCGCAUUGGCAAGCGCAUUGGCCAGUAUUUCACUGCGUCGCAAGUCUCUGCUGCCGUCGUCGGUCUUGUCUCUGCCGGCUUCCAGAAGAUGGAUGGAGCUAAGGGAUACGUUGGUUUCCAAUGGAUGUUCCUGGUCUGGGGCGUGGUCACCAUUGCGCUGGGCUUCGUCCAGCUGUGGUGGCUACCAGACCGUCCCAAUCCACCAGGGGAGCCGCACCCCAAGCGUCACAAGCUUUUGAGAUGGCUGCCAGACACUCCCCCGGCCUUGACUGGCGAGGAUGCAGUAGUCCACUAUCACGAUAUGAAACGGGUCUACCAUAGCCCCGUAUGGACAUGGAUGGACCUCCUGCAUGUCUUUAUGGAUUGGAGACUGUGGCCUUUGCUUAUUAUGUACUUUGGAGUCGUUGGCGUUGGCAUUGGUGUGCAGCUUUAUGCCAACUUGAUCAUUCAAGCGAUCAACCCGAACCUCAGCGGUGUUGAUAUCAGUUUGUUGACUGCUCCUAUCUGGAUCGUGGGUGCCCUCUCAGUAAAUCAUUUAUUCAUGGCUAACAUUCAUGUGCAGAUGGAUCUCAUCGCCAUUCUCCUUGUGACUCCUUUCUCGGAUCGCUUCCAUCGCCAUCGCGCUCUUUUCUUCUCCAUUCCGACCUUGCUUCAGAUUUUGGGUCUGCUUCUCACCAGUUAUGCCGGCAGCGAGGAGAACCCCUGGCCGCGAUAUGGUGGUUUGCUUAUCGUCGGCUUUGGACUGGGUCCCACUGUGCCCAUCACCAUGACGUGGACGGCGGAGAUCUUCCAGCCGCGACAUGGCGAGGUCGGCGUAGCGGCGGCGUCUGCCGUGGUGUCGGGUUGGGGUAACCUUGGUAGUAUACUGACAACCUAUGCACUUUAUUCGGGUUGGAAGAGCGACUAUGAGGCUCCCGGUCGUGAAAAGUACCGCAAGAGUAACCUGGUGAUGGUCGGUAUCUUGAUCGCCAGUAUUCUUUCGGCAAUCCUGAUGCAAAUUUUGGUUCGGGUGAUCGAUGGUCGUCAUCGGUACAAUGAAGAAGAUGAUGUGGUUGAUGGGGCAGCAGCUCGUGAGGCGGAGCAGCGUGGACUUGAAGGGUUGGGAUCAGGUGUGAGACGGUGGUUUAGACGCGUCAAGACCAUUCGCGAGUAA